AUGCCGUCUGCUCUGGAUAUCGACCCGUUCAGCCAGCCCGAGUGGAGUGACUCUAGCGAUUCCGCGGAGCCGGCGCCGCUGCCUCAGCUUGGCUUCUUCGUUCCCGUGAGGUGCCGGUGCGAUGCAAGAUCGACGCAGCACGUGUGUCGGAGAAAUAGAAGGGAAUCUCCCCGUUCGCGUCGUUCAAUAUCGCAAUGUUCCUGCAACAGCAUUUCCAGGCGGUCCUCUGCAGCAGCUUCGCCGGUCGCUUUGCCCCCACUCAACAACACUAUGGAGAUGUACGUGGAGCCGGUCGUAGAAGACGUAAGUUUUAUUCAAUUCUGA